UGCAGUCGAGUAAUUAGUCAAGUAGAAUCAGUCGUUGAGUAUGGUCGGAUCCCGAUCCUGCUCUUCCCUGUAAAAGUGGACUCCAUAGAGCAUAGCACAGCACAGCACAGAGAGAGAAGGAAAGAGAAAGGAAGAGUCUGCGUUCCGUUUCGAGUGAGUUCGGGGUUUUUUUCUGGUGUUUUUCUAUUUAGUGUGUGCAUCUUUAUCCCGUAUACGUUUAUGACGGGACGGCAGGGAUUGAGGAAGAGCAAGUGCUGAUAUACUGACGGUCGGUCAGUUAGACAGACAGACUAGGGAGGACGAGAGGGAAGGAGAGAGCGCAGGUUGAGGUUGCUCGACUGUUUCCUUUUUAUUUGGCUUUCGUCGGUUCUGAACGGCGCAGUCAUCGUUUUGUGAGGCAGUGCUCCACAGAGAUAUUGAAGAGAGGGUGCGGAACUUUCUUCGUGAAUAGGUUCCAAGAGUGGUUUCGGGAUAGUUAGUGCUCGUUCGUCGUGAUCGUCACGCGCAAGAACCUCUUUAGAGAAGGUAGAAUCGCGUUGGAUAGAAUUUUCUGUGCGAUCACACUUUUCCGUCGGAGGUCAGUGGAAGUUGAAGUACAAAUCUCGCAGGGCGCAUGCAAGAGAAGGGCAGCCGCGAAGGGGAAUCGGAGAGAAGUAGUGUGGAGCAGUGAUUGAAAACAGAGAAAACAUUAGAGCGAAGAAGGAAGAGAAGGAAAGGAGGAUAAGUGUAUGCAACAGGCGAAGCAACAAAGAGGAAACGAGUUGUUGUAUUGUGUGCACUCUGCGCAAAAAGAAGUGUGUGGAGAAAAAGCAGGAAAUUUGCCAUAAUUGAGAGUUAAGUCGAAUCAAGUGGAAGGGAGAAGAAGUGAAGAAGGAAUUUUUGCUCAAUUAAUGAUUGUUCAGUGCUGCGUAACAUAAUGCAAUGGUAUAGUACAGUGAGUGCAGUUCAUUUUGCUCGGUAGUGAUCGAUUCGUGUCGCAGUGAUUCAAGUGAAGGAAAAUUGCGUAUUUUGAAUGCGGCCUAAGCCAAAUUUGGAAAAUAUAAAUAAUUGAUAGAGUGGUGUGCGUCGUGGAGCACACGGUCUAGGGAAAAUCAAGUGCCUUUCUAUAGCGUGGAUAUAAAUCCCAGAAGUUGUGAUACACAUUUACGACGACGUUGGCUGCGCAGCGAUAGGAGCGGGGUAUAAAUUUAAAAAUUAAAUACUGCAAGCUAAGCUGGUUGAUGUGUAACGCGAACGGAGACCACUACCACGACUGUAAAGAACAACAAGAAGACUGUUUUAUACACACAAACGCAGACGACGCAAACCGCCGACGAGACACACGGGUUAUUCGCCAGCGCCACAGUUGACGAAAGUCGGGAGAACAAGAAAUAAAGGAAGCAAUAUUAAGAAAAGCUAAUUUUAUCGCUUAAGUAAAGUUAAAAAGACGGAGCAGCAGACAUACGCGCGCAGCUCGAGAAUAUCAAGAGACGUUGUGUGGAGCAAAAACCAGCAACAACAACAAGCAAGUACAACAAGAAACAGAGACGUGCGCGCAUCGUUCGCCCGCAAACACACAUUCUCUCGCGUGUGCUGCUGCGCAAAGCGUUCUCUCCGUGUCUCACCGCCCUGUGUCCCCACACGAGCAUUGAAAAGAGCAAAAGCAAAAUAACUGCACACGACGGCAGGGCAGCACCUACUGCUCCCAUCAGAAGAGCGACAACACCACACACAACACUACGGCACUCCACAAUCACAAGAUGGCGUUCAACGGUAGCCCCAGCAAUAACACCAGCGCGGCCAGCAACACCUCAGACGAGAACGAUGGGGCCCGGAAGAAGGAAAACCUGAUCCUUCUGGUGGCCAAAGACUCGAACGAUAAGCUGAACGAGCUGUUCGACAAAACGCUCAGCAACAGACUUCCGCUGCAGAUUCCGUUGCGUAUGCGAAAGUUGCCCGAUUCGUUCUUCAAACCGCCGUCCUCCGGAUCCAAAUCGCCCUCGGUAUCGCAUUCACGUGAAAAUUCGGCUGAUUCGGCUUUUGGAUCCGGGACGACCAUACUGGGUGGGGUUACCACUGGUCCAAAUGGCCUACCCAUCCAUCACAGCCGAGCUCACAGUAGUCCGGCUUCGUUGGGUAAGAUUCCGGCCGGUUUGGUCGCCAGCAUAAACGCUGCCAAUCAGCAGCAGCAACAACAGUCGGCCAACAAUAGUAGCAAUGUAAAUAGCAAUAAGUCACAGCCGGGUAAUGUGGCGGGUGGUGGUAGUGGUGGAGAUGGGCCUUCAGCAGCCGUCCAACAACAGCAAGCACAGCAACAGGCACAGCAGCAAAGUCUCACCAGACAGGCCAUUUUGCACAGCCGGGGACGCUCGUACGACGUGUCCAAUCAGCAUGCCCACUAUGGGGAACUGCCACCCGGAUGGGAGCAGGCCAAGACACAGGACGGCAGGAUCUACUAUUUGAAUCACAACACCCGGACCACCACGUGGGAGGACCCGCGGAUUACCGCAGCCAUGCAGCAGGAGAGCCUAUUCCAGCAACAGCAGCAGUCCAGCGUCGAGACACUGUUCAACACCGGGUCGCAAACGUUACUGAGUCCCACUAUUUCGUCCCCAACGCCAACCAACAAUGUGGUAUUUUCAGAUUCGAUCGAAAUGUCGAACGAUCUACCGGCGCCGGCGCCGGCCCCGUCCAACGUCUCGAUGCUGAACAGCAACAGUAAUGUCAAUCUCGGUCCACUGCCGGAAGGUUGGGAGGAAGGCAUUACGGCCAAAGGCGAACGGUACUACAUCAACCACGCGACGCGGACGACCACCUGGAGGGAUCCCCGAUUGUCCAACCAGGACUGGGCAGCACAAGAGCAAUCGGUCAGACUGUACAACCUGCAGCUAGAGCGGGAACGCCUCCGGAGGCGACAACAGGAAAUCCGGUCACAUAUAGGGGAAGACCCGUUCCUGUCCGGGCUGACGGAUCACUCGCGCCAGGAGUCCGGUGACAGCGGGCUGAGCGAAUCGUCCACGUCCCAAUCGAUGCCACACACGCCCGAUUUCCUCUCCAGCAUAGACGACAGCAUGGACGGGCUUAGCAUGGCAGACAACACAAUGGACACAAUUGCAUUUGGAGAUAAUUUAGAAACGCCCGAUGAGUUCAUGCUUGACGACCCCUUGCUACUGGAGAAAAUCGAUGCCGUCAGCAAUCUGAACCUGAUUGAUCCUUCGAGUACCAAGCCGGAUAACACGCUGUACGAUAUCAUUUAACGCUGCGGACAGCUAGGGACCGAAUACCCAACAUCCGACUUGUUGGGGCUUAGGUAUGCCAAAUCAAAAUGGCAUAACCGAACUGGAGAAUGAUUAAUUCAUUGAGGAUUAUCCGCACCAUACACUCAACACACAGUAUAUACUUAAG